GCCACUCCAUUAGUUUGACUAGCUGCUUCUCUUUUUCUCUCACCACUGUAGAGUAUCAAGGUCAUACUGCUCACGCUGGGUUGAACCCUUGGGAGGGACAAAAUGCACUUGAUGCGGCUGUCCUAGCAUACAAUAACAUCUCUCUUCUUCGUCAGCAGAUUAAACCUACUCAUCGCGUGCACGGCAUCUUUAAGGGAAAGGAUUGGGCUCCAAACAGUGAGAUUUUUGCACUCUCGGAAGAAACACUUGUAAGAUAAUAUUUGGAAAAUCAGUCAUCCCGGACCAAGCCAUCAUGGAGUGGCUAGUCCGCGCUCCCACCACGCUGGAGAUGGAAGACACCAGACGACGUGUUACUGCCUGCUUCGAGGCAGCUGCACUUGCAUCUGGAUGCAAAGUCGAAAUUACGGUUACAUCGACACUCAACGAGAUCACGCAAAACAAAGUACUUGGUAUGAAAUCGCGGAGUACAGUGACUUAAGUAUUGAAUGUUAUCCUAGACCUUGCUGACGUUGUUCUGAAGAGCUAUGGUACUAUAGAUUAUGAGUGGGGUAUCAAGAGUGCUUCUACUGAUUUCGCGAGUGUUUUGCACACCCAGAAAAUGCGACAGAGUUGAUGUUUCGAACCAAAAAGGGGAAUAUUUCAUACUGUGUGUCUGACCUCCAU